AUGAAUGAUAAACAUGAGGCAUUCUUUUUUGUUCAAAGUUAGAAAAGGAGAAUACAUCAAUAAAAUUAUGCUUUAAAAGUGGUUUCACGUACAAAGGUAGACAAGGAGACUAUUCAGUUGAGUGAAUCGUUGUUUAAUGCUAAAAUUACUGCUAAAUAAUCAUCUUGUAUCAUCAGAAAUAUCCAAAGAUCCAUUCAAUAAAAAAUCAAGUUUUAUGAUGAAUAACUGAGAAGCAGUGAUUCAUUUAAAAAAUAAGCAAACACAAAAAGUUUGAGUCCAGGUACCAUUAAACCCAAACUCUUAGAAAAUUAAGAAUAGUCUCAGAACUAACGACUUUCAGCUUAACAAAUCAUCAUAUAACAAAAUCCAAUCAAAAAUAAUGAAUAAUAAACACAAGCUCCAAUCAAAAACCUUAACGAAACUUAAUAAUCUUAAAAAUACAUGAAAUAAUACACAUAAAGUAUUUCUCCUUCUAAAAAACAACCUGACAAAUCUGAAAGGAAGAGAACUUAAAAUUAUUCAUCCCCUAAAAUCAUUCAUAAAAGUAGUUCCUAAUAUUUACAAUAAUCAGAACUGUAAAGUUGCUAUUCAAAACAAAAAGUUAGGGAUCAAUAAAAAGAACAGGAGAAUAAUUAAUCUACAAAUAGAGCAUAAACUGCAAGAGUUACUUCAAUUGCAGAAAGAAAUGAAGAAUGGAAACAAAAACUAUAAAAUAAAAUAGAUAUUGAAUAAAAGAAAAAAUAAUAAAAAGAAAUGGUUUACUGUACUUUCAAACCCAGAAUUAAUAAUUAAAGAAGUGCAAAAAAGUAAUAAUCAAGCGUAAGUAAAGGAUUUUAAACAGAGAUUAAUGAAUUGAUGCAUCUUAUUGAUGCUUAAAGUAGAGUAAAAAGUAAAUAAUGA